ACAAGAACAGUUGAUUUGCAUACAAAUCAUUGAUUUAGAAAAUCAAAAACUAGAGUUUUGGUUUCGACAGAAGUGUGGGUGAAUAAAGUGCACACGAUAAAAACGAAAUUUGUACUUCACAAUUUACUUCAAUCACUGAAGAAGCUUCAUUGUUAUAAUCGAAUAUAUAAAUUUUUAAAAUGUCUGAGUUUAAAGAAUUUUUGAUUUUAAAUUCUGAUGAUCGUACUCAAAUUGACAAAUCUACCUAUAUUAAGAAACCAGAAAUAGUGGAUAUUAUGAUGCGCAUCUCCUUCAAUUCCGACUAUAUAACUCCACCGAAUUUAAAAUAUUUCAAGGAACCGAAAGUUCCAUUAAAUCUUAACGAGGGAUUUGAAACAUAUAUUUUUCGAAACCAAAAUUUCUACAAAAAGCCGAUGAAACAAAUUGAGAAGUACGUUUUGGAUAAUGGCAUAACGGUGUUAAAUACAGCACAUCAAGGAAAUACGCAAAUCUGCUGUCGUCGAUCGGUUCUGGAUGCAAUAAUGAAAACACCAUACUUAUAUGGCAAAAGUUUUGAAUGGACUAUUUAUGCAACAAAGUUUGACAAUGUUAUAUACCUAACCAAUCACGACACAUAUAAACAAUUUCGCCGCGUGACUGAUUCACAUCAUUUCAAGUUCAGGCAGUUUUGUCUAUCAGAUGCACCAAAAAAAGCAAUUGUGUCCGAUACACCAAUCGACGAAAAUAUUCAAACAUAUUGCAUUUAUCGAACCACUUUAAAAAGUUUUGAUUUGAUAUAUUCAGCGGAAGUUGUAGGGAUUAUAUCAGACACGGAAGUUAAAGACUUAAAAAAUAUGACGGAGCUUAAUGCUUGUCGCUUUAUAUGGAUGCGACUUACAACACCUUAUGGACCGACUAAAGAAAAGUACCUGCAUUGGUGGUUGCAAUGUUAUUUGGCAAAUGUAUCCACAAUGUAUGUAGGAUGCAAAACAAGACAUGGCAUUAUUAAUGAAAAGCCAAAUUGGGUGAAUCCAUAUAAAAUUGCUAAAUCAAAUUCAUGGAACAUAAACGUUGGUACUACAUUUUUGGAAAAAUUCUUAAGAAAUAUUAAGGAAAAGAUGUCUUCAGUUGAUUGCCCAUACACAGUAUAUGAAUUUCGAUUAGAGGGUGCCAAUAACUUAAUCAAGUAUAAAGUACAUAAUGGCAAAUCAAACUUUUCUUUCUUAACUGAACGAUAUAUUAACGAAUUUCUUUGCCAAAAAUUGGAGAAAACAUUAUAAGAUAAUUAUUGAUUAAUAUAUAAACAAAGUAGAAAUUAAUUACAAAUAAUAUUUCAUAUUGUAAAAGACGAAAAUUUUGUUAUAAUCAUCCAGCUCCAACAGUCAUGUAUUUAAUUAGCAUAAUAACCAAAAAAUUUAAGAUACUUUAUUAAAAUUGAAGCAGCAUCCGCUCAAGCUGAUAAGAAAAUCUGAUAAUGAAGCAACACAUAGAAAAUUCCUCCUUUUUUCUGCUAUUGUAAAACUCAAUGGAUUUCAAAAUCAGUAGGAAAUUUUUCGAUUAAUCGCAUGUAAAAGUUAAUCCGUGUAAUUACUUUUAACUACAGGAAUGGAUUCAUCCAUUCUCUUAACGGUUUUGCAACAAUAGCAAGUGACACAUAAUGACCACUUAGGCUUCACGGCAUGGUUCGAUAUUCAAACCUGCAUAUUCCACAAAUGAACAACAGCUCAAUGCGGUAACUGCAAUUAUUCAGACUGCAAAACUGCGACUGCCAAUAUGAUUUGAAGCAGCAGUAAUGAACGAUAAUGUCAAAAAGAUAUUGUGGUCUCUGCUUUUAAGGCAGACCAAAAAUUAUUUGAUGUCCGAAAAAUUCUUCAUGGAACAUUACAAGCCGUUAAAAAUUUUCACACGAUUUUUUAUUGUUAAUAGCAGCAGAGAUUAAACGUCACGAUUAGUUACAACUUUUUUAUUUGACACGGAACAUUGCACUUUGGCUACUGUUUUCUGCUAACAGUUCAUCACUGACAGGUUGGUAAGACCGAUUCAUCUCAGGUCUUCUGAUCAUUUUGAGUUAAGCGGCUUCAUAAUUGAUUGUAGCAGCGACAAACAAUAAAUCGACACUUUGAGAAAUGUUAACAAUUAACCAAAAGUUAAGAUUUUCUAAGUUAGUAACGAUUAUUGAGCAGCAUAUUUGUCUAUAA